AUGAAUGAUGAACCUUCUGAAGAAAAUCCUUCUGACAUACAUUCAGAUAAUAAUAACAUAUCCAUUGUCUUUAGUAAUAGAAUUCUAUUAUUAACUUCAGAAAAUCUUCUUGAUGAAGAACAAUCAUAUGUACCAAAAAAGUUUAAGUUAAAUAAACCUAAAC